UUCAUUUGCAGUUCUGUUUCAUAGAACACACUCCCACCUUUUACUCUUGUCGCUUUCACCUGCUCUGCUCGCGCUUAUUUCCCACCCUUCACCGGCUUCGGAGACCUCCCCUCUUAUCGGUGUACAUCACCCGACGAAUCCGACCAAAUUCAACUCAAACACACCGACAAACAAGGACGCGAUGCUGUCGAAGAAGACGAAGCUCCGGAUUCGGAGGGUGCCUUCCAGUAGGGACCGACUCCAGCCCGUCAUGGUGUCGAAGAAGAAAGCCCGGAGCCGGACAUUGCUAUCGAGCAGGGAGCGAGACAAGCCCAUCAUGAAUCUCAUUUUCACAUGGUCGCACAACGACACCUACUUUCAUCCUGGUUGGGAAGCUGUGGUGCAAUCCCUCAAUGAUCCAUCCAUUGAUUUAUCAGAGAGACCUCUUAUGGACAUGGGAAGUGGUGCAUCUGCAUCGAGCAACUUCAGUCGCUGGAGCUGUCCGACAAUAUGGAGGAUGCUGUUGAACAUGACCUGGAGUGUGCUGUCAAACAAGAUCCAGAGGGAGGAACUGAAGCCUGGAGAUCACGUCUACACAUGGAGGCAUAGCUAUAGCUAUGCCCAUCACGGGAUACAUAUCGGUGAAGGAAAGGUUAUACACUUCACACGAGGAGGAGGAAAAGAUCGUAUUAUAUUCAGCUCGUCUCCAUCCCAUACUUCAAAAAGUACUUGUGCGUUAAACAGUGACCAGUUAAGGCUUGAUAGUGUGGUUACUACCAGCAUAGAUGAUUUUCUUUUGGGUGGAAAACUUUAUCGAUUUGAAUAUGGUGUUAAUUUACUUGUCUUUAUUGCCAAAACACGAGGGGGUACAUGUACCCGUGCCCAUAGUGCUCCGCUUGAAGUUGUCGAGCACCGUUGUUCUUACCACCUCAAGAAUGGCUUUGGUGACUACCACCUUUUCAAAAACAACUGUGAAGACUUUGCAAUAUAUUGCAAAACAGGCUUUAAAGUGGCGGACUACAAUUUUAGUGUUGGCAGGAGUGGACAGGCAGCAUCAUUCAUUGUUGCCAUUUCUGCUGUAAUUUGCUCUAUAAUUCGAUUCCCGGCUGUCAGGAUUACUGGUCUGCAUUUUGUUAUUGGUUAUGGCAUUUACUCUGCCUGUAGAUUGGCUUCGGAUGUCAGAGUUUGUCAUAGUGCUGGUGAAGCUGCAGAUGAGAGACUGGCUGAAGAAGAGAGCUCUGGUAAUUUUAGGUAUCCCGGUAGUGUUAAAUUUAACUCCGCAUUUCUGAUUCUGAAACGUCUUGCAUACCAUCUUCUGCUGGUUGCAAUUUGGUGGAUUUGUUGUGGUGUGCUGCAGUUGACUACAGAGUGUAUAAGUUAUCGACUUGGCUGGUUUAUAUUGACUGCUACAGUGUGCCGGCUGCUCUUUGUUCCCUGUGAUCCGGAAAACAAAAAAAAUAAAUAAAUAAAAAAAACUGUUAAUUUUUCUCUCUCUUAAAUACUUUUGAGAGCAGUGUUUGUAUCCGCCUUCAGACGAUAAGGCUUAGGCUUCGCAUUGUAACGAAUUACUAAGCAUGUCCAGCUAGUGUUGGAUACCAUUAGUACCCUUUUCUGAACUAUUGUACUGAAAUGUAUUGUUUGACGUAAAUUAGACAGUU